UAUUAGUUCAGUGGAAGUUGUGCGGUCAAAUCAUUCAGUCGUGAACGGUUCGAUUUUGAAUAAAACCAAAAAUGUUUAUACGCUCGAAGAGUAUCCCGACGCUCUUCAAUGUGAUCCUUGUUGUUGUAAUCCUUUCAUUAUCCUUGUGUAGUGCACAGCGUUGGCCAUACGAUGAUUACGAUAUACAAGGCGGCGAAGUUGAGACUGAGAGCGAAGGGCCUAAUAAUAGCAAUCGUGUGCAUAAUGUUCCCACAGCAACAGUGAUUCACCAAGUUCCCAGAUCUGGGUUUCAACAAGUACGCCCAGACGAAUUGGUUGUGCCAGGUUUGGGCGUUGUGCGCGGGAAAAUAGGAUAUAAAAGCAUUAAAGGAAGGCCAAUCAAUUCAUAUUUAGGCUUAAAAUAUGGUGUUGUGCGACCGGGUUUGGGACGUUUCCAACAAGCUAAUGUUUAUAAGCACGACAGCAAUGAUCCCAUCGAAGCGACACAAGUGGCAGCAAAUUGUCCACAAUUUCCCGAUUUGCAACAAAUCACUAACUCGGAAGCUCGCCGCGAAAAUGUGGAUGAUUGUCUCACGCUGAAUAUUCAUGUGCCAUCUCAUGUACUCCGACCACAACAGAGAACACGCCUCCUACCUGUAAUGGUGUUCGUACACGGCGAGAUGCUUUUCGACGGUAGCGCAGAGGAAGCACAACCCGACUACUUCAUGGAGCAGGAUGUUAUGUUAAUAUCGAUUAAUUAUCGCCUUGCACCAUUCGGUUUCCUCACCACAUUGACAAACGAAAUGCCCGGCAAUGUUGCGCUGGCCGAUAUCCAAUUAGCUUUGGAAUGGAUUCAGCAAUAUAUACGCGCAUUCGGUGGUGAUCCACUGCAAGUUACAUUAUUCGGUCAAGCUGGUGGUGCAACCUUAGCGCAUGCAUUGAGUUUGAGUCCCAAGGCGCAAGGUCUCUUUCACAAGUUAAUUCUCCAGUCAGGCACAGCUCUGAAUCCAUUUUUUUUGGAACAAGAUGCUUUGUCCACAGCACGAAGUUUUGCACGGUUAGCACGUUGUCCGCGUACGAGCGCCCAGGAGGUGCAAAAUCUUCAUAGCUGCUUCGAGCGUCUGAGCACUACAGAACUUCUCGAAACGAUGAAACGCCAUUAUGAGGAAAAUGAACCCCGUGGCCUACACUUCAUGGGGGGUUUUAAGUUAACCGUAGGCGAUGCGCUUGGUUAUCUGCCCGUUCAUCCAGCGGCACUGGUGUCCAAUCGUACAAUUCCAAUGGUAGUCGGUGUUGCUAAGGAUGCUGGUUCCUUCAUUUUAACAAGCUUUUACGAUGAAUUGACACGUUUGCGUUCACUUAACAUAUCCGACUAUAUAAAUGUUGUUUUGAAGCAUACGGCGCAACCUCGUGAUUACAUGGUCUGGAAGAAUUUGGCGCUGCGGGAAAUUUUCGAUGCCGAAGCGGUUCGAAAUCCCACACUGCACAAUAUAAUUCAGGGUUUACUGGAGCUCACAAAUUUAAUUUUAUACCGUGGUCCAGUGAUCGACACCAUUCGUACGACAUACAAGAAAGUACCCACCUAUUUAUAUUGUUUUGAUUAUCGUGGCGAGUUUCAUCGAUUCGGUCAUUUAAAGAAUCCGUUGCCAUUUGAAACCGAUGCUACGCUUAGCGAUGAUAACAUUUACCUCUUCCCCUAUCCGGAGGAGGUGAGCAAUUUAAAUUCAGAAGAUCGCUCUUUAUCACGCCAACUCGUGAACAUGUGGGCUGAUUUUGCUACAUAUGAUGUGCCUAAUAGAAAUCCUAGCAUCUGGCCGAAUGUGAGCAACGAAGUGGGUCCAUUUUUGAGAAUUGUCAAUUUUAAAGCUACAACAUUGGAAUUGGAUUAUCACUUUGGUGAUGGUAUUCCUGUGCCAAAUUUAUAUUCUGAGUACUUUACUAACACUACAACAACAACGAGUACAACAACAACGACAACAACAACAACUACAACACCAAAACCAUACUACAAUUAUCCUCAUUACACGAACUAUUAUCCUCAAUACAAUCCAAAUUAUAGACAAAACUAUCAGCAAGGAGACAAUUAUCACUACAAUCCACGAUCAACUGUAUUGAAUAUACAUACAUAUGUCUAAGAUUGCUCAAACAUAUUCUUAAAAUUAAAAUUUAGUUUACUUCAUUAAUAAAAUGUGUUUCAUAUAAAAUGAAUAAAUGCAUUAUCUAAACGUGAACUGAGCUGGAGCGGUUUUCCAAUAAGAGGUGUUAUUUUGAACUGUCUAGUAUUCACUUUUGAAGCUGUAUUCUUUUGACAUUUGGCAAUGCAUUGGAACAUAAAAAACUUCACUAUAAAAAUUUCAUCGAAAAAUCAUCUUAACUAACAUUUCCACCUCGAUGGCUACGCCCAUAUAGUUACACAUUCAGCUACCACAUCAUCAGCCAUACCAACGAUGAACCCAAUUCCAUCACCAACAACAACAAAUGCAAUUAAUCCAAUAUUCAAGACAACAGAUACCGGACACUAAAUUCAACUAAACCGAUAAUAAAACAUACAUACUUACGUAUAACAUAAUUCGGCACUGAACUGAUAGUACAAACGAUCAAGAGACUGUUCGUUAUUCAGACAGAGAGUUCUGAACAUGAGUUGCUACUAAACAGUUGAGUACGUUUCAAAGGACAACGCUCUGGAUUAAAGGACAACAAUUCUACAACAAUUCUGAGGAUCCUGCCUUAACUUCUAACACCCAUUUAAGUAUCUUUUUGACAAACAUAAAAGUUUAUUCUUUCCUUUGCAGCUCUUAAUAAACCACGAUUUGUAAAAGAUAA